AUGUCAAUCGGAAGAAUUGAAGAUUUCAAAUUGGCGGAGAAAAGGUGGAGUACAUAUAUUUCACGUAUUAACCAGUACUUUAAAGUAAAUGAAGUGGACGAUAAAUUGAAAACGGCGAUGCUGAUCACAGUUGUGGGGGAUGAAACCUUCGAACUCAUGACUGAUUUAUGUGCACCAAAAACUCCUGAAGAGAAAUCGUUCGAAGAACUCGUAAAAAUUAUGAAGGAUCAUCUGGAGCCAAAGCCAUCAGAAAUUGCUGAGCGUUACAAAUUCCGUCAACGCAUUCAAAAAGCAGAAGAAUCCGUUGGGGACUACAUCGCAAACCUCAAGAAUUUGGCGAAAACCUGCAAUUUUGAGAGUACACUGGAAACUAAUUUACGAGAACAGCUGGUAUUCGGAUUGAGAAACGAAAUAGUUCGACAAAGACUAUUUGCAGAAUCUUCGCUGUCAUAUCAAUCCGCAGUUCAAAUAGCCACUAGUAUGGAAGCAGCCGAGAAGAAUGCUGGCCUCAUGGAAAGGAGCGAGAUAAAUAAAAUAAAUCAUCAGCGUCCAUCUAAGGAGCGGUCAUUUUGGAGGAAGCCAGACAUGAAGAAGCAAUUUGCAACGGCCAAAGCACAUGGUACACCAGGAAAUCAAAGGAAAUGCCGCCAUUGCGGAAAAUCGAAUCAUGUGUCCGAGAAGUGUUACUUUCGAGCUGCGCAGUGCCAUAAGUGCAAGAAAUCGGGUCAUGUGAGUGCAGUGUGCCGGCAAAAAUAUAACGUACAUUCCAACAAUAACGUUGAGACCAAUGGUAAGCAUGAUGAUGAUGACACUGAUGAUGAUCUCCAUUUUGAAGAAAAUUUGUUCAUAAUUAAAAAUGAGAAAGAUAAUCCUAUUAAACUGAAAAUUGCAGUAAAUUCAAAAAUAAUAGAAAUGGAAAUCGAUACAGGGUCAGCCAUCUCAGCUACAUCUGAGGAGUUUUACAAAAAUAACUUUCCUGAUAUCCAAAUAAACACUUCUGAUACUAAAUUCAAAUCUUAUGUUGGAUCGGAAAUUAAAUCAUUCGGUUUUCUUGAAGUAGACGUGCAAAGAGGAAAUAUUUUUAAACAAAAUUUGAAAUUAUACGUCAUGCCUGGAGGAGGACCUCCAUUAUUAGGGAGAAAUUGGUUGAGAAUGUUGGACAUUUCAAUCGAUCAAGUAUUAAAUUUGAAUUCAAUCGAAAGUGAAUCGAAGAACAUUUCAGAAAUCUUACAAUCUAAAUUUGCAAAGGUAUUCGAAGAUAAAUUAGGAUAUUUCGCUGCUGCUAAAGUUAAAUUAUAUUUGAAACCUAAUACUAAACCGGUUUUUCUCAAAUCAAGGUCAUUACCUUUUGCAUUAAAAAGUAAAGUUGAAGAAGAAUUAGAUUCUCUAGUUGAGCAAGGUAUAUUAACUCCCGUACAUUACAGUGAAUGGGCAACUCCUAUUGUCCCAGUUUUGAAAAGAAAUGGCCAAAUUAGAAUUUGUGGUGAUUUCAAGGUCACAUUAAAUCCGUUUUUACAAAUAGAUAAAUACCCGGUGCCAAAGAUUGACGAUUUAUUGGCUUCUCUCGAAAAUUGUUGCUUUUUCACUAAAUUAGAUUUUGCACAAGCAUAUGCCCAAAUAGAACUAAAUGACGAAUCGAAAGAAUUAGUUGUGAUAAAUACUCAUAAGGGUUUAUUUAAAUUCAAUCGUUUACCUUAUGGAGUUUCUUCAAGUGCUGGAAUUUUUCAAAGAACAAUAAGGUAUCUUUAA